UUGUCUGACACGAUGUUAUUUUGCUGUGGCAAACAAUGUACCGUUAGUGAGAAAGUUGAGCAGAAGAAAGAGAAGACAUCGUCCUGAUGGUGUCGAUCCAUUAAGCGGAGAUCAGACAGAGGAUCCCCGAAAGACACACAUUCUGUGGAGAAUGCAGAAAAGCCCAACACAGGGGAGCAACGGAGUCUGAAAAACGACUUCAAAGUGUGCAAAUCGAUAGGUGCAGGAGGAUUUGGAGCAGUUUAUGAAGGGACGAGAAGAUCGGAUGGUCUUAAGGUGGCAGUGAAGUUGUGAAAAAGAAUCAAGGGCUGGCUUACGUCAUUAUUCCUCACCAUCCCGUCCCCAUACCAACAGAGGUGGCUCUUAUGGUCCUAGCGAAUCAAGAGCCCAGAGCACCUGAAAUAAUAGGCCUCAUAGCCUGGUAUGAUGAGCCUGACAAGAACAUCAUAGUAAUGGAGCGGCCUCCAGACUUCAAGACUCUGUCCAGAUUCAUGGAAAGGUUUGGAUUCCUCGCAGAGGAGAAAGCAUGUUGCAUAAUGCGCCAAGUCGUGCAAGCUGCGCUCGUCUGCACUGAAAGAGGGGUCUUCCACAGAGACAUCAAGCUUGAGAACCUGCUGAUCAACAAGAAAAGCAUGGAAGUCAAACUUAUUGAUUUUGGGUCCGGCGAGCUCCUCUGGACAAUUCCUUACAGAUCAUUCAUAGGCACAGAUGUGUACUGUCCACCCGAAUUGAACAUCAGAGGGAACUACUACGCUGAGCCAGCUACAGUAUGGUCCUUGGGGAUUUUGUUGUUCCGGCUGUUGAUGGGGCGCUUCCCAAACAAAAAAGACCACGCAAAGUUUGCUGGACGCAGAUGGUCCUCACAUAUCGCUACAGAAUGCUGCCAUCUGAUUAGUUGGUGCCUACAACAGAAUCCAGAUAACCGGCUUAAACUGGCAGAAAUCCUCCAACAUGCAUGGUUUCAGGAAUCACCUGAAGAUCAAAGUCAUGGACCAGCUGCAAGACAAAGAAAUAUUCCUGUGCCAAAAAUGGCGCAGUUACUGUGCGUUCACACCGCCAGCGAUACGCAGCGAUUAAGUGAGGCGAUGUCAUUAAUUUCAAAUGAGAGCCGACAACACGAGCGACAUACAGUAGGCGUGUUUAGGCCGUGUUUAGCGACACAACAAAGUUGAGAUAGGAACGUAUUUUAACGACCUCGUUGCAAGAGACUAUUGACACCUUGUGAAAGUUUUGCUGGCGGUUUGAACGCACAGUUAGACCGAAGACAGAAAUUUGAUACACUCUAAAAAAAAAUUUGUUUACUCAACUUAAAUUUUCUAGUUAUCUUUUUGCACUUAAGGAUUUAAGUUGAAUUUACUUAGUAUUUAAAGUAUUUUCAACUUAAAAUGUGUAGUUGGCAUAAUU